UAUACAAUCAUUUCAUUCAGUGGGAUUUAUAUUUAAGCUUUUGUGUUUGACAAUGUCCGGAAACUCUUGAGUCUUGAGUAGUGGUCUUCUGUAGGCUGUAGCAUUUUAUUUUAUUUUCCUGUUUCAUCUGCUUGGGGAUGCAGAUGCCUAACUGUUAGUGAGAAAUCUUGUUACAGAUCCAAAGGAGAUGAAAAAUUCUAAGAAUAAAAAGAAAAACCGAAGAAGAAAAGAGCAACAGACGAGCUCUUCUUUGAAGGAAGCUUCUGAACUGAACAAUAAGGAGAUAAAUGGUCAUAAUAUCAGACCCCAAAUUGAUGGAGCUAAUGGAGUUUCCGAGGCCUCUCAGUCUGAUACAGAAGACAGCACUUUUGUUCCUAGAGAGUUUGAUGAUGGAGAUAUAGACGAGGAGAUCGAUCCUGCAUUACAGGAAAAACUUGACAGGUGGAGCUAGACCAUAUUCUAAGUGCAGUGUUUACACUUCAUGCUAAAAUUUGAAGUUGUAUUUUUCUUUUUGUGGAUGACAAUCAUUAUCUUUAGCAUAGUUGCAGUGGCAGAUCACUUGCACUAUUAUCUUUAUUCUAUCAUAUGGAGAGGACAUAGCAUCAGAAUGAUUGAUGAGCUCUUUCUUUCAACAAAUUGUAUUUCUUGAAUCAUGUAUUGCUGGUUGCAUGUGAAAUGACGUGCUCACAUUCGUGUAUAUAUGAGAGAGAGGGCAAUGUGACAAUAUCCAAAUUGAUUUCAUUGUGUUUGGGAUUGGCAAGUGACAAAUGUUUAU